AUGUCGUUGGAGGACCUCGUUGACAUGUAUAACCAAAAGUUGAAUUCUAAUGGUGGUCGAUCAACAAUUGCCACUGAUCCAUCGCAUCAUACUCCUCAAUCAACAUUUACAAUGAAUACGGGAUUUGACUCUAUUGCUGAUACAACAAAUACAAUGAUAAAUAAUAAUAAUUUUGCUUUUACGGAUAGUACAUCAUCAGCAUUAUUAUUUGAAGCGGAUUCAUAUCGUUUUCACCUAAAUGAUCGUGUACUUGCUGGUGAAAUAAUUCGACCACCUACAAAUUAUCCUCCACGUGUUGAACAUAUUAAAUUUCCUGAUACACUUAUAUUUUCAUCGAGUGAUGCAGUUGACGAUUAUGAAAAUAAUGCAGAAUAUACCCAAAGAUAUCCUGACAUUAAACCAAAAUUAACUAUAAUAAAUGCUAAACAAGCACAAAUACCACCUGCUGAUAUUCAUACAAAUCCAGGAGAGCAAGUUCAACGUCUAAUACAACAAGGAGUAUUAAAAGAUUUGCAUGGUUAUAUAAAAUAUCCAUAUAAUUAUAUUGAACCUCCUUGGUAUUUUUCUGAAGUAGAUGAACAACAAGGUUUUGUUAAUCAUAAACCACCUCGAAGUCAUUUAACAGCUCGAGAUCUUGCAUCAAAUUUAACUGAUGACACAUAUCAAAUGCAAUUGCCUCUUGGAGUUCCUCAAAAUAAUGUCUCACAAGAUCGUUAUGAAUUUGUUCCAUUACCUAAAAUGGUUUAUGAAAAUUUUGUUCCAUUAAUUGCAGCACGUCGUAUUGUUUAUCAUCGACAAACAUCUCAACGUGUUGCUGGUGAAGCACCUUAUCAAUAUUUAGAAAAUUCCUUUGCAAUGGCUUCAAAAUUGCCUGAAGUUGAAGAAAUGACAGUUAAAGUUUAA